GGUUGAUCAAAGUAUCCGGAACACCGCGAUAUCAAGUUCGCUCGUAAACAAAUGGAUACGGGAUCCUUACGUUGCUCCAUCGCGAUCGCUCUGAAUUCUCGGCCGACUGAAAACGAAGGUACGGAGGGGCAUCGAAAGGAAAAAUGAGGAGGACGUCAUGGGAACGCGCCGAGGUGGGGGCGACAGAAGGAGGAGGAUGAUCGUCACUUUGACCCGGGCGCCUCUUCACCAUCCCUCGGCAUUGGUUUAGUCAGCUCGCGCCUUCCGCUUCCGCGGCACGCGCCUCUCCUAUCACGUUAGUCCCAACUGCAAGUCCCAUCUUCUCGGGCCUCAAAUCGGAUUCGGUGGUGAUAACGCGAACAUGUGCUCGGUGUGAACAGCGACGAUGUGAAAGAGCACCUCGCGAGUUCGGAGUUAUUAUUGGCUAGAGGCGAUGGAAGUUCGACUCAUACUAUCGGUGCUGCUGCUGCUGGCUUACGCGAGUGGGGCCUGCUCCAAGACCACCAGGCACGGCCCAAUUGCACCUCCGAGGUUCCGCCAGUACCAUCGGCACCAGCACCAACAGCAUCGGCAAGCGCGCGCCCUUAGCGAGUUUCUCCUUCCACCGCCUGCGCCCGCGAAUUUUCACGUCCCACAUAAUCAGCACCAACACAAUAGCCACAACGAGCUUGCAUCGGCGUUGUCAGCGCCUAUAACUGCGGCACAAGAAUGGCGCACGCGCAACGGCCGUUAUGUGAAUGAACAAACCGGCGACGGCAAUAACAAUUUCGGCUACUUCUCCAAGCUGAUGAAUUGGCUAAAUCCAUUUGCUGGCAAAGCUCAUCGUAAUCAUGACGCGAUUCAUGGGAAGGAUAUUCAGGGGCAAGGACUAUCGGGCAAUCCACUACAGCAGCAACAGUUCGCCCAAUACGCGCCGUAUCAGCCAUAUACGAGUGAAAUCAAGCAGUACGAAUCACCGCCAUUAACUGAUAAUUCGCAAACUAAAUACGCUAAUACAGUCGGUUGGUACAGUGGAAAACCAUGUAAUCCAUGCAAUCAGGUACCGUGGAUGCCGAUUUUUCGCGAUAGUUUGCAUUAUAAUCCAGGACAGUAUGCUCCAAAUGCUGGCAGUAACAUGUACUUGCCUCCAUCGUCCCAGCAAGAGAUUACAACAAUAGGUUUAUCAUAUUCGGAACCAACUGGAUCAGCCUUAAAUUACCAACAGAAUAAUCCACUUCCAAAUCCUUUUCUAUAUCCGGAUAUUAUACCGCCAUUAUUUAAAGCCAAACCCUUCAAUGAUCAUCCUGAAGAAAACUUGCCACCAAAUCCAGAGUUGUCGAUUACAUUGAAUAAUGAUUAUAAAACACAGGCUGAAAAUUUGCAUCACUUGCAUCCUCAAAAUCUUGAUCAUUCACUUGCUAAUUCACAGCCCGAUUUAUCAUCUGCAAAUUUGAAUUAUCACAAUUUUGCAAACUUGGAUGAUCUCCCUCCGAAUUUUUAUCAGCAACCUCCAUCAAAUUUUAAUGACGAAUCUACGGAAAAUAUUGAUCAUUGGCCACCUGCACCGAAUAUCAAUCAUAUAACUGCUCAACAUACCGACAAUGCGUAUUUCCAAAAUUUCAAUUAUCCAUUGUCCGAUAAUUCGAAUUAUUCUCCCGUGAAUGUUAACGAACAAUUACCUCAAAAUUUUGAUAUCCAGUUAUCAUCGAGUUUAGAGCACCAGGUAUCCCCGAAUUUGGAUUGGGAAUCUCAAGCACCUCAAAAUUUAAAUAAUCAAAUACCUUUACACUACGACGAUCAGCAUUCGACGUCGACUUUUGAACAGCAUCAUGAACCAUCGCAAAUUGUUGGAAUAAUUAAAGAGCCGCCAACGAAUAUAAAAAAUAUUAACGCAAAUGAUAAUCGUCAUGAGGAAUCUUAUCCAGUACCUGUGAACGGCGACGGAUCGAAUAUUUUAAAUGAUAGUUUCGUCAAUGAAACUCUUCAACGUCUCUCUCAUCAUUCGUCUCAUUAUCCUCAAUCGAUAAUAACAUCUUCCGAAGUGGAGCAGCAACAUGUCAAAAAUAGCGAAACCCUGCACUUCCAACGCUCACCCUUAAUAGAUUUAAGUGUUGCCGGCGAAUCGUCUACAAAAACACCGAAUCAUCGUCUAUCGAAAGAGUGGAGCAACUAUAUAAAGGAUAAACCGAGCGCCGAUCCAAUCACGAUUGCUCCUUUAAAAGGGAAACACAUUAUUGCUAAUCGUGAAUCCUCGACGCCAACGUCCAUUGUGAUUGACUAUAUCUUGUCUAGUCCAGAAGAAACGUUGGACUUGAACGAAUCAGAAAAGGAAACUGGGUCGUCUUCACGACCACAACAUCACAGCGAAAGGAUUGUCGUGACAUCGAGCGUAUCACCAACUACAAGUACAACGACAGCGAUGCCCCUGAAUCAGCAACAACAAGAGACACUUAUCGAAAGUGUAGUGCAGUCGUACGAGUUUUUCAAGAGGAAAAAUGAUAUGAGCACUAAGAAGGCGGAGGACAAAAUUAUUAAGGAUACGGAUGAGUUCAGUGCGAGUAAAGAGGUCACGAUUCCCAAUAAGUUUGGAAAUGAAAAUAAAAAUAAACAGGUUAUACAAAUAAUUAUUCCAUAUACGUCGCAAUACACUCCAAGUCCAUUCCAUUCGACUCGAUCGAUCGAUGAGCAGAAGAAAGAUAAUGCGCAGAGCAGUCAUAAUUCGUCCGUGACGGUACAGUCGGGCGAAACUGCUGGUCGUAUUGUUUCACUCGAUAACAAUGUUGAGGAUAAUGUUGUAAUUCAGGAAUCGAGGCGGGUAUCUGUAACGCAAAAUCCACCAGAGCGAAAAUUGCGCAACAAUCGAACAGACGGUACGGAGAAUAAGAUUGGUCAUACUAUAGACGUGCACAGAUUACAGAAGAAUAUCGAUAAUUGGACGAUUCAGGAAUACGCGAAACGUGUUCCGCCGUUCAUAAAUUAUCUAAAUUCAACUCAUCCACGUUGGAUAUCGUCCAAACAAAUACCAGACGAAUAUUUACUGCCAAUUACGGAAUUGGAAGAUAACGAAUAUUACGAUUUUAGUAAAGAAACUGAUUUUCAACGAGGGACGAACAAAUCAAAGCACUCUGUCGCAGCAGAGAACAUAACCAAAGUCAGCAUAAUAAGCGCAACAUAUCCAAAGAAAUCGAACAAGCCAGAAGAAGUUUGGGGUCGCAACAUUACGAGUUCGGAAUCUAACGAAUCUGAACGCGUGUACGUGGUCACGCCUGUUCCCAAUCCAAACUUCCUGGAGAAAAUCUCUCUCAGCAAGGAUUCGGCAAGAUUCAGGAAUCGAAAUCCCAAGGCCAAGCACGAAGACUCGGCGGAGAUCGAGCAGGCUUAUCAGGUCUUACCCCAAGCUGUGAACAAUCUGGCGGUGCUAUCGAGUGUGCCCGAUUCCGCGGCACCGGCACUCUGGGGUAUUAUGGAGCACGAGGAACUCGCUGCUAAUGUCAAUCAGCCGAGAUGGCGUAGCGAGUCCGACGUCCUUCCUGAUGCUGCUUCGACGCCAAUAUUAUACGCGGGACACUCCAAGGUGUCGCGUGCGAGAUGAUGGAUCACCCAUCAACAGCUUGUGAAUCAAACGCGUGACAACAAUGAGAACUUAACUCGAAGAAAAUGCACGAGGAAUGGAAAUCUAAUGGCCGAACUACUUAGUCCAAGUGUUAACGGGUAGAGGCAAUUUUCGGCAACGUGACCGUCAUCAUUACCAACACUCGACCUUCAUCCGCAGAGUUCUUUUUAAUAUUAGAAGUGCGUUUAGUGAAUGACCGGGGAGAGGAGUAAACAUUGACUUUACGAUGUUGUCUAGUUUCUUGAAAAGACGACGACUUAUUUCUUUCUAAUCGUCCAUUUAAAACCAUACA